AUGUCUCCAGCAGAUUCUAUGGAGUGUUUUUCUACAUGUAGCUCUUUAUAUUCAAGUGACUCCGAAGAGGAGGUCGUCAUCAAGAGACCACGUAUCAUCCGAAAGAACGCUGGAGUCAAUACGGACGCCCCAAUAGCCGCUCCAGCUCCAAAGCCAAUCGUUUCCGAAGGAGUUAUCCGUGUGGUUCCUCUUCGUCCGGUCUUCACUGUUCAAUUAAUUCCAUAUCAGAAACACAAGGAAUUUGACAAGAAGGCACCAGAGUUCCCAACUCCAAUUGAAGAAUACCAUGGAAUUCCAGUGGAUCUUACUAACGUUCAACCUCCACAAAUUGACACUCAAGAGCAACUUCGUAUUCAACGAAUGAGAAAGUGUCGUCUUUUUGAGUAUCUGACCGAGGAACAAUACCGAAUCGUUUGGCAUUCGGUCCGUGCUGAUGGAGAGGAGCCUAAUGUCAAAUAUUCGGUUCCAUUCACUACGGAUAAAAGCAAUUUUCUUGCAAAUGGAGAUUUCACAACGGUCCCUGCUGAAACUUGGGCUAAGACACUCGAAUAUGCUAUGCAACGAAGCGAGAACAUUCGCGAUCUCCGACGUACAAUCAUCAGAAAUGUCCCGCCACGAAACGAUAGAUCUGCUCGACGAAAUGCCAUGAGAAGAUACAGAAACGACAACCGAAUCCGUCGCCGCUUUCCACACAUCAUUUCCACAUACGAAUUGGAUUGA